AAAUGUCACUAUCAGCUGAUUUAUUAUGUAAACAAACUAGGAAUGCACUUAAGGGCUUUAAAUAAUAUGUUAAUAAAAAGGUUUGCCAGUUUGCCCACAUCUUCCGAGGUUCUGACCCAAUAUCUGAGGCAGUGCAAGGAACCCCCUUGGACCUCCUACUUUGUCAAAUAUUCCAGUAUAAGGGACGAUCAGUGGGGCCAAUCGCACUUUAACUGGCAAGUGGGUGCCUCGAAUUAUCACAUUUUACGCACGGGCUGUUUCCCUUUUAUAAAGUACCACUGCACCAAGAGGAAACGGCAGGAUUUGUCCCUGGAGGACUCCUUUUAUCGAGCAAUUAAAGUCAUUAAUUUAGGGCUGCCUUGUUUAGCCUACGGAAUUGCCGCCAUUUACCUGAUUAAACAUAAGGAAACUGUCUAUAUGAGGCAGGGGGAAGUCACCAUUUACUUUUUGUACCCCGAAGAUAAAGGUUCUUUGUACUAAU